AAGCUCGCGCAUGACAGUGCGAUUUGCGCCACAACUUAACACAAGCAGCGACGUUUCUGAGCUAUCUUAUCAACUCUUUUGGUUUGCUCUCCAUCACCCAAAGGUCGCCACUCUGCUUCGUUGAAUAUCCUCUGCUACAACGCAGACGCCAGAUCUUCCGACUCGACACUCGGCAAGAUUAGUCGAGAAACGCGCAUUUCCUUGCCAUUACUCUGGGCAGACUUUCCGAACCUUUCUGGCAACUUUCGCUUUCCGCGAUGGGAAACGACGGGGGCUCGAUCCCUACCCGCCGCGAGCUCGUCAAAUCAGCGGCCCGUACACCGACAGUAAGCGAACUCAAAGCCACCGCGCUCGAGAACCUCAGCCAUGCGUGGGCCCACGAUCCCUUGACAUCAGAACCUCUCGACAUGGAGAAUGUGGUGUCCGACUGGCGCGGCCGUCUCUACAACUACGAGUCGAUACUCCAGGGCCUGAUGCCAAGCGGCGAUGACGCCGACCACAACGGCGCGACAGCAGCCCCGGCGCUCGUGAAUGCGAACGGUGAGUCGCCAGAACUGACAUUCGCGGCAACGGGUAUCAAAUCGCUGCGCGACGUGGUAAAACUCAAGUUCAGACGCUAUGUGCCCCCUGGUACCAAGGACAAGGGCAAGGCGAUCUGGGCCUGCCCCGUGUCGCUCAAAGAGCUAGGCGCCGCCACAAGGGCCGUGUACCUGGUGCCAUGCGGCCACGUCUUUGCCGAGGCAGCCAUAAAGCAGAUCCACGAAGACGUCUGCCCCGAGUGUAGCGAGGUGUUUCAGCGGCGAGACGUCAUCCCUAUCCUCCCGACCGAGAAGAGCGACCUCGAGGCGUUAAGCGCAAGGAUCGCGGAACUCGCGUCCAAGGGGCUAGCUCACAACCUGAAAAAAGACAAGAAUUUGGGGAAGAAGAAGCGAAAGGCAGAUGAGGCGAACGGAAACAGAACGGCCAGGGAACAAGAGUCCAAGGAGCCGCCGCCAGGAGAACAGCAGACGUCAUCAAAAGUACCAUCGAAACCCGAUAUCGCCAGCCGGGUGAGCGGCAUUAACAAUCCCAUGACAGCGUCACUCACCGCAAAAGUGCUUGCUGAGCAAGAAGAGCGGAACAAACGGCGAAAAUUGGCCGCUGCCGCACAAUGAUUUAGACGGCAGUGUACUAAUAGAUGGCGACGUGUGGAUGAGCAUAAAUAUCAUGAUACCAUUCUUCUUCCAGCUUUCAGCAGUGGAAUCGGCUGUACCAAUCCUGCGUUGUGAUGAGGCGGAUAAUACUUGAAGUUGAAUAUCUCGAUUCUCUGAAUUGACAUCAUGCCUCGCUCUAUGCACAGUACAUAAAGUAUAUACCAACCCAUAAUCUUUCUGUUCAAAAAGUGAAAACA